UGCCCGGCGGUGGGCUGGCGCGGUGACGCUGAUGGGCUCUGCCCCAGGUCCACCUGCAGACGCAGCAGGAGGUGAAGAUGCGGAUGAUGGGGAUGGCGAUGCGUGUGAUCCGCACUGACGGCUUCCUGGCUCUCUACAACGGGCUCAGCGCCUCGCUGUGCCGGCAGAUGACGUAUUCCUUGACCCGCUUUGCCAUCUACGAGACCGCGAGGGACCGCUUGGGCCAGGGCAGCCAGGGGCCUCCCCCCUUCUACCAGAAAGUGCUGCUGGGUGCAGUGGGAGGUUUCACUGGUGGGUUCGUGGGGACCCCCGCAGACAUGGUGAACGUCAG